AUGAGUGUUCAGACAAUGAUGUGGGUACCUCGAACGACUUUUCGAGGCACCAUUCCUUUUUUUGCCAAUUCGAAGUUGUAUUCAGGUGUUUCAAGGAGGUCUUUCCAUGUGAGCUCACUAGCCCGUUCUACAUAUGAGGAAGAGAAAGCUUUGGUGGAUGAAAUACAACAGCAGCUGACAGUUACCGAUAUUGAACGAUGUAAGAAACUGCGUAAUAUAGGUAUAUCUGCUCAUAUCGAUUCCGGGAAGACUACUUUUACUGAACGUGUUUUGUACUAUACAAAAAGAAUCAAGGCCAUUCAUGAAGUUCGUGGUAGAGAUAAUGUUGGGGCUAAGAUGGAUUCCAUGGACCUUGAGAGGGAGAAGGGGAUCACCAUACAAUCUGCUGCCACCUACUGCUCUUGGGAUAAAGAGGGUAAAAACUACCAUUUCAAUUUGAUCGAUACUCCGGGCCAUAUUGACUUUACUAUCGAGGUAGAACGUGCGUUAAGAGUACUGGAUGGUGCUGUUCUUGUUGUUUGCGCUGUUUCAGGUGUUCAGUCCCAGACCGUGACUGUCGAUCGUCAAAUGCGUAGAUACAAUGUUCCUAGAGUAACUUUCAUCAAUAAAAUGGAUCGUAUGGGUUCGGAUCCCUUCCGUGCCAUUGAGCAACUUAAUUCGAAACUAAGGAUUCCAGCGGCUGCUGUACAAAUCCCCAUCGGAUCUGAAUCAACCUUAUCUGGUGUCGUUGAUUUAAUUAAUAAAGAAGCUCUUUACAAUAAGGGUGAUAAUGGUGAGAUCGUAGAAAAGGGACCAGUCCCUGAAGAGUUGAAACCAUUAAUGGAGGAAAAAAGACAACUACUGAUUGAAACUCUGGCUGAUGUGGAUGACGAGAUGGCUGAAAUGUUUUUGGAAGAAAUGGAACCCACUGUGCAACAGAUUAAAGAUGCUAUUCGUAGAGCGACAAUUGCCAGGUCUUUUACACCAGUUUUGAUGGGGUCUGCCUUGGCAAAUACCGGCAUUCAGUUUGUUCUAGAUGCUAUUGUGGAUUAUUUGCCUAAUCCGUCUGAAGUAUUGAAUACAGCGCUGGACUUAAACGAUAAUGAAGCCAAAGUGAAUUUGGUUCCUGCGGCGCAGCAGCCAUUCGUUGCAUUGGCAUUUAAAUUGGAAGAAGGUAAAUAUGGUCAACUAACUUAUUUUCGUGUCUAUCAAGGGCGUUUAAAAAAGGGUAAUUAUAUCACAAAUGUGAAAACUGGUAAGAAAGUCAAAGUAGCGAGAUUGGUCAGAAUGCAUUCCAACGAAAUGGAGGAUGUUGAUGAAGUUGGUUCAGGUGAAAUUUGUGCUACUUUUGGUAUUGACUGUGCUUCUGGUGACACAUUCACUGACGGCAGUGUCCAAUACUCUAUGUCAUCAAUGUAUGUCCCUGACGCCGUUGUCUCAUUGUCGAUUACGCCAAAUUCAAAAGACGCAUCAAAUUUUUCAAAGGCUUUGAACAGAUUUCAAAAGGAAGAUCCUACAUUUAGAGUUAAGUUCGAUCCUGAGUCUAAAGAAACAAUCAUUUCUGGUAUGGGUGAACUGCACCUGGAAAUUUACGUUGAAAGAAUGAGACGUGAAUAUAAUGCAGAUUGUGUCACUGGUAAACCACAAGUCUCUUAUAGAGAGUCCAUCACUAUACCGGCAGAUUUUGACUACACCCACAAGAAACAAUCUGGUGGCGCUGGUCAAUAUGGUAGAGUUAUCGGUACUUUAUCGCCGGUGGAAGAUAUUACUAAGGGAAACAUAUUCGAAACUGCUAUUGUCGGUGGACGUAUACCAGAUAAGUAUUUAGCAGCAUGCGGUAAGGGUUUCGAAGAAGUAUGUGAAAAGGGCCCACUGAUUGGCCACCGUGUUUUGAACGUUAAGAUGUUAAUCAACGACGGUGCCAUCCAUGCAGUGGAUUCUAAUGAAUUAUCGUUCAAAACUGCCACAAUGUCCGCGUUUCGUGACGCCUUCUUUAGGGCGCAACCAGUGAUUAUGGAGCCUAUUAUGAAUGUGUCAGUGACAUCACCCAACGAAUUCCAAGGUAACGUCAUUGGUUUAUUGAAUAAAUUACAGGCAGUGAUACAGGAUACCGAAAAUGGGCAUGACGAAUUUACACUAAAAGCAGAAUGUGCCUUGAGUACAAUGUUUGGCUUCGCGACAUCUUUAAGAGCCUCGACUCAAGGUAAAGGCGAAUUCUCGUUAGAGUUUAGUCACUACGCUGCAACGGCGCCUCAUGUUCAAAAAGAAUUGAUCUCUGAGUUCCAAAAGAAGCAGGCUAAAAAAUAG